AUGUGCAACUUUGAUAUAGCUGAAAUUAGAACCAACCGGUUGAUGCAACUAAAUGCUCUUGAAGAACUUAGGAAUGAAGCCUAUACUAGCUCCUUGAUUUAUAAAGAAAAAACCAAGAAUUGGCAUGACAAAAGAAUCAAGGGUAAUAAAGACUUUCAUGAAGGGCAAAAAGUGUUACUUUUUAAUUCAAGGCUCAAACUCUUUCCGGGCAAACUAAAUUCAAGAUGGGAUGGUCCAUUUCUAGUAAAGAAGGUUUUUCAACAUGGAGCUAUCGAGUUAUUAUCAAGAGAUGGCACUCCUUUCAAAGUGAAUGGACAUCGGGUGAAAAAAUAUGAAGAAGGAAUCCCGAGGAAUGAAGACCUAGAAGAAGGGCUGCUGCUAGAAGACAUGGCAACAACGUAG